AUGAUGAAAAAAAAUCUCAUGGCGACGCGUACAAUGGUUGACGAGCAAUCACUUGCGACUUUGGAAGCCGUCGUUAGGAUCGUCCAAGAACGAUUUAUCGAAAGCCAAAUCGAUAAACUCGAAGUUGUGCCAGAUUUGCUAUCGAAGAUUGUCUCGGAAAACAACAUCGAUCGUCUUUUGCAGCUAGCGCACGAUUCAGUAUCAAUGACCGAUAACGUCAUGGCAUCCACGCUACAGGCGUGUCUCUCGACACAAAAAGAUCAAGCCAUACCUAACACCACAACCUUCUACAUCCGGUCCAUCAAUUUGACUUGUGGUCAAAUGAAGAUAAUCCUCGAUAUGUAUCACCAUCGAUACCACGAUCCAAUCUUUGUGCAUGAUCUCAUGAAGCAUACUGCAUACAAGUCCAACGACGAUCCUGUGGCCUUGCGUUACAUCGGGUGCACAUCUAAGCAAACACCGUAUGCUAGCCACCUUGUUGAUCUUUCCGCCAGCAAUUUGGGUGUUAGUCGUUAUGUCAACAUGAUUGCGUUACUUGAGGAGCUCUUUGGUGGCAAUGUUCAAGUCAACGCUUAUGCUAUACCUUUGCUUCAGCUACGGGGUGAACAAGGAGAUCCAUCGCUGCCACUUAUUGAUGUCACAGAGCAAUUUCUGAUCCAUUUAUUUGGCCGCAAAUUUCUUCUCAAUGUACUACCCGGUGGACACUUUUACUCCUAUGUGCCAGAACAGCAUGAUCAAAGAUGUAUCCAAUUCGUUACGACCAUGAUACAUGUCAAUCAAUUUUUGGCCGGUGCCGAUGUCUUUGGAAAUCAUCAUCACGAUCAAGGAGCAGUGUACAACAUUUACCAAGAAUCUCGUGCACAAUUAGGUGUAUCGGACCCCAACCUUGCGAGCAUGCUACCUGAUCCCUAUCUCCAACAUGUGACAUUGCAAGCUGCACCUCAUACGAGCUGUAUUGGUGGAUACACUCCCAUGGCAAUCUUUGGCAAGGAGAUGGGUAUGGAAGACGCACAUGUACGACGUGGAUUCUUUCAAGGCUGUCGUGCUGGCGCCAUUUCUCAAAUGAUGAUUCAACAUGUUUUGGGCAACCAGAACCUCAAGCAGGAUACCAUCAGCUUUGUCGACUUGUGGAUGCUAAUGGCCAAUGCACCCCAAUUGGAUCAUGCUAUUGCUACCACUUCAAAAGUGCUACGUCAAAUUCGAUGUCUUACUAUGGUUACCAUGGGAUACCUCCCAGCUGCUAUUGUACGCUCAAGGUUUUAUGGAAGACAAUCUUUGACGGAGGAAGUAUAUGCAACGGUGAUAGGAGAGCCAGCGAUCGUUUGGAUUGGUGAUCUUACUAAGGACGCUUCGAUUGAGGAGGAAGAGGAACAACAACAAGCAAAUGACGACCGAUUUUGGGGAGUGGCUAUUCCGCAUCUUGAUCCUGCAUCUUUGGCUUUUGGUUCACGUGAUCCACGCGUGUUGCGUCUGGUGUUUCUCUGUUGGGUUCGCUCCUUGCUAUUACUCGAAUGUUGUCUCGUCGCACUACAAACGACACGCACCAAUGAUCCCGAUGGACCCGGCACAUUGGCAUUUGCAAGGAACUUGACCGUCAUGCUGGAACAAAGCGAAGAGCGAUCCGAUCUUGGUGAAAGGAUAAAGGAAGCAAGAGCUGCUGUUUGUGACAUGCGAGGAGCCGAUUCACUUGGUCUUAGUGAAAGGACUCUAUUUCGAAGCGAGACGUUGCGUGAUGAUGAGGUCUGUGAGAUCUUACCACACCACGUUACUCGGCCUGGUCAAAUUGGGAUCACAAGUCAUGUUGAACGCUAUGGUGUCACUGUGAGCGAGCCGCAUUCACUUGAGCGACAGCAGCAAUAUCUCACUAUCAUGCGAUACGACGAUGCCAUGUUUCAUGAAUGUCCUUCCUAUUUCAACUCCCCUGAGGAUUGGCGCCAAUGGUUUCUGGAUCUCAAUCGAGGCACCAAUAUCCUGUCAGCGCUUAUCCACCGCAUCCAAAUGGAAACGGGUUCAUGCCUUGGCAACAUCAAUGAGGAAAAGUACCAGUAUCUCAAGACCGAAUGCAAGGCACCCUUUGGCUUUGAUGAGAGGAAUGAUACCUGGAUGCUGUGUCCUGAUUUGGUGUCACAAGCACGUCGCGAGAGGUUAUCCAUGAUCUGGCAAGGACCUAUGCAAGCACGCAACAAGGCAAAGCUUUUGGAUUUCCUCCGCCAACAAAGGAGUAAGAAAGCCGUCGAGUACUUCGUAUCGUGUCCCAUUUAUGUCCAGAGCAAUGGAAGGGCGCAGUUGCGUGUCGUUGUGAAUGGCACACAGUAUCACGAGAAAGAUGGUUUAUGGAUUGGCAAAGAAUAUGAAGGUGAACGCAUUCUCGAUUAUGAUCCGGAUGUGGAAAGCAAUGGAUUGGUUGUCAAGGAUUUGAAUAGCAAUCCUCUUCGUAUCAUUCCCGACACAUGGUUAAUGGUUCAUGCACCCAAUACGUAUUUCCAAACUUACGUCAAGACCAUGGUAUUCAAGAACAAGAGCUUACGUCCCGAAGUCGUCGAACAUUGUAGGCGGGGUGAGCCACUCUCAUACACCAGCAUGAUACUCGCCUUUUUGGAGGUGUAUUGUUCGGAUCGUGAUGUGAAAGUAUGCGUCUCGAAUGAACCAAUCCCAGGGAUUCCCAGACUUGCAACUCUUAUGCAGCAUGUAUUGACGCAAUAUGGAUACCCGCUUGAGGUGGAGAUUUGGAAAGAGCUCUUAAACAAAGGAUACCAUGGUUUAUCCGAUAUCAAAAAGUAUUUCAAAAAGGUGCACAAGAUCAUUCCUCAAGGAAACAUUUGGACGAUACCCAAGUACGAGCCAUCCUUAUUCGAACAAGCACUACGUGGAUACGUGAAACGCAAGCGAUGUAUGCUGGAGGAGGAUGAUACGAAUGGCUUAAGAGACAACGAGGCGGAGAUGGCUCCUGCUUUGAAGAAACGCUCCUGUGGCAACAAACCUGAUACAAGACCGUUUUGGUACUGGUGGUGUCUCUUUCAUAACAACACCAACGGGGACAAGGUUAUAGUCGACUUUGACGAUCACUCUUAUGGUUUCUGGGACGAGUUUCAAAAGGUGGCCAUGGGUAAUGAUGACGAUGAUAUCAAGCAAUUUCUGGGUAUACGCGACUCCAAGGAUUAUCACUCUCUGAAUUCGAUUGCCAACUUGUAUGGGUGGACGGUAUCCACGAAUGCUGAAGAUGGCACCUUUCUAUACACUGCACCACCCUGUUUCCCACCCGAAGAACCACUCAAUGAGAUGUAG